AUGCAUUACCCUACACUUUACGCAUUCCUCUUGGCCACGGCCGUUCCGGCUGCCACAUCUCUUGCAAUCACAAGUAAUCACCAGCAAGAAUCUGCUUCGAGCCUUAUCAUGAAUGUCGUGCGACGUAGCAACGAAGAGAGCGAUGAGGCAACCUUUGCCAGACUGAAGAGGACAGAGGCGGAUCUGGACGAGCAAGAGCCGGACCAAGCUGAGACGGGUCCUGAUUCUCUGCAACGGCGUGGAGACGAAGCACUCGAGGGAAACGAAUUCACCGAAGCAGAUCUCGAUUCAGUGCUUGAUGGUGACGGCUACUCGACCGCCCGGGCUGGGAUCAAACACCGUCGAAGGAGGGCCAUCACAGCCUUUGUGCGGCGCAGUGAGCGUCCCAUACCGAACGGAGGCACGCUCGACUACAUCAUACCUCAUGAGGAGAAGCGCGGUCUUCUCGACGGCUCGGCAGGCACAAGAUUCAUAAAAGCCGACGAGUCUGAUGAAAAUCUUGACGAGUACGAUGACGAUGAUUGGUACGAGGAUAACAAGAGAAGACUUUCGAGGAGGGGCAUAUCUACUAUGAUUGCACGACGACGCGCUAAACGGAGCUUGUCCUGA